GCAAGGGUGGCGACGCACGGCACGCAGCAACGUUUCUACCCCCCUCACCCCCGAAACACGCAGCAGCGGGGGCUGGGCGGCGUGUGUGUGCGCUGUUGUGUGCGAUGGUCCGCCGCGUGGGUCGUGCGCCGCUUUACCCUGUCUGUGAACUGUGUGCAUGUCGUCCUCUGCGCUCAAGAUUCAUUGAUUGACGUGUGUGAGGAUUACACGGCACCCCGGGAGAGGCUAGGAGGCGCGCGGCAGCACGGUGAGAGUGAGUGAGAGAGGGAGAGACGGAGAGAGAGAGAGGGAGGCAGAGAGAGGCGAGGUGUGCGCGGGAGAGAGGCGCGGGAGAGAGCCACCUCUAGCAGCAGCCAGCUACAGUCAGCCCGGGACCCGCCACUCACUGCCACCGCCUCUGCUGCUCCAGCCCGCCCCUGUGUGUUCUGUACGAGCAGUGUUGCUGCCUCCGCCCGAGCUGCUGCUGUGUCUUCACGUGCGGAGCGUUGAUGGCACGCGCGCACCCCGCCACCCCCGCCCUCCCGCCCUACCAGAGUGCCCGUGGUGGAUGAGGUGGAGAAGGUGUUGGAGGUAGGAGGGGCACCGCCCCCUGUGACAGGUGCCAGUGUCGGUGUGUGAGUGGCGGCGGCCACAUGGUGUAGUGGUGACAGUGCUGAGUGGCCCGGGCCGCACUUUAUGGUGGCCACAGAAGGCUGAACACAUCGCUAUAUGCCCAUCAAGACGGGUCGUCGCAAGCAGCCCGUCACCACGGGGUUGGGGGCCCCAGGGGACCAUGACGGCCUGCCCCCACCCCCGCACAUGAUGCCCGGCGCCGUAGGUCCUCAGGGUCCCCUCGGCGGGGACACCGCCCCCGUGGGGCCAGGGGGCAUGCCCCAUGGCCCUCAGGGUGGACCUGUAGGACUCGGCUCGCACCCGGGCCACGGGCCACCGGGAGGACCUGGUGGCUUCUUCCAUGGCCCGGGAGGGUCGAGCGGGCCAGGACCGGGUCCCGUUGGGCCAGGUGGACCUGGAUCAGGACCCGGAGGUCCCGGGGGACCUGGACCCGGUGGUCCGGGCAUGCCAGGUCAUGGCAUGCCGAAUGGCCCUCAAGGACCUCCAGGUUCUGGUCCUGGUCCAGGCAUGAUGCCCGUUGGGCCUGGCCCCGGUGGCCCUGGCGGACCGGGUCCAGGGAUGCCCAUGCACGGGCCAGGAGGCCCUCCAGGACCCAUGAAUCCGGCGUUUUUCAGACGACACACACCUUAUUUUGGCCAGCCAGACUACAGACUGUAUGAGCUCAACAAACGGCUGCAACAGAGGUCUGAGGAGUCUGACAAUCUGUGGUGGGAUGCUUUUGCUACAGAGUUCUUUGAAGACGACGCCACUCUGACGCUCACCUUCUGCCUUGAGGAUGGCCCUAAGAGAUACACUAUUGGAAGGACCCUGAUUCCUCGUUACUUUAGAAGUAUUUUUGAAGGUGGUGUAACAGAGCUCUACUAUUCCCUUAAACACCCAAAAGAAUCGUUCCACAACACGUCAAUAACUCUAGAUUGUGACCAGUGUACUAUGGUCACUCACCAUGGAAAACCUAUGUACACUAAGGUCUGUACAGAUGGUAGACUCAUUUUAGAGUUCACAUUUGAUGACCUAAUGCGCAUCAAGUCGUGGCAUUUUGCCGUCCGUGCCCACCGUGAGCUUAUCCCACGGUCUGUGGUGGCCAUGCACACGCAGCAGGACCCUGGCAUGGUGGAGACACUUGGCAAGAACAUCACACGGCAGGGCAUCACCAACCACACCCUAAACUACCUCAGGGUGCAGCUAAUCAAGCAAAUGGUAAAAAUGGUGCCGAUGGAGAAACUCAGCGUGCGCCAAACAAAAGGCGGAAGCGGAAAGGCUCUCAGUCAGGUCAGAAUGCAACUGCAAACUCCACAGGCUCAGGGAAGAAAAGAUCCCCAGGACCGAACUUCAGCCUUGCCACCCAAGUCUCCCAGGACGUGAUGGUGGUUGGAGAGCCGUCCCUGAUGGGCGGUGAAUUUGGUGAUGAAGAUGAGCGGCUUAUCACACGCUUGGAGAACACCCAGUACGACACGGCCAACGUGGAGGACAGCGGUAGUGGCGGAGGUCCCCAAGGGGCAGGGCCAGGAGGACCUGGACCUGGAGGACCCGGACCUGCCGGACCCACGCCAUUCAAUAACUCACCGAUGACCACUGGCCCCGGAGGUCCCUGGCCCGACCCCGCGCGACAACCCCAGGACGCUGACAAGAAGAGUCCAGCAAUCAGUCAGUAGCCCAGAUGUUAAAAACACUUUAGAUUCUCUUUUUUUACGAAGUAGCACCCCCUCCCCCUCCCCCAUAUAAGUGGAAAAGGUAUCUUCAGGAAUUGGAGAGUAGCCAUUAUAGGUAGCCUCAGUGGGAAGGCUCACAACUGGUGUAGUGAAGAUAUUUUGGUAGUAAGAGUGGUGGACUUGAAGGGGGUCAACAAGUAUUACAAAUGGGAAAAGUUGGCAGUGCAUCAUUGAAGCUUAUUUAUUCAAUUUGGAAUUUCAUUGCUCUCUUGAUUUUCAUUAGUAGAUAGCUGACCAAAUAAUUUUUUUUAUAGUUUGUUAUGUAAGACAACUUUGAUACUGGGCUGCCUUUGUGAUUUGGGGUUUUGAGGGCGAGUUAUCUAUUUGGAGUUUUAAUUUUAAUUCUCUUGUAAACUGUGAACUCUGAAAGACUGAAGUGAUAGUACCCAGCCAGUCAUGGAGUGGCAUACAAUCUUCCCUGGGGGACAAAGCUCAGAUCAGACUGUAAAAAAAAAUAAUAAUAAUAAUAAUUACACUUCCAAAUGAAGCUGUAAGGUUAAGGUUUAAAGGACAACAGUCUUCAUGUACCCAGGUACUUGUGUUUCUUACCAGUUUUCAUACCUACAGUGGUGCACAUGCUGUAAAUGCUUUGUAACUUUUUAUAUUAUUUUAACAAAAAAAUCAAUAGGGACCAAUGUUUUGGUCAAAGUUACAAGGUUAUUACAUUCUUUUCAGUUGUAUAACCAGUUUUGCAAAAUAGGUAUACAAGGCCCUGAGUAUUUUGAUAUGGUUUCAUGAAGAUGAAUGAUACUUAGACCUUCAAUUAUUGUGCUUAUCAUGAGAGAUGGUAGUUGUUCCUUUAUAAAGUUUUCAUGAUUGAAUGUUUGAAGUGCAUGUUAAUCCCUGUUAAGUAUUUAUUAUACUUGGGCAUGGAUGUGAGGAGGAUCUUAGAGAGAGUGUUUCAACAAGUGAACCUUUAUGUUGUAUGUGUAUAUUUGUAGUGAUAUAACUUUUAAGUAUGGUACUUGGCCUACACUAGCAAUAUUUCAGGGUAUGGGUUAUGUCCCAUGCAUAUUCAUUAUUUGGUAGUGGUAUUUCUUGCAUAAAUUAGGGUGCAUACUUAUUUAUUUGUUUGAGGUAAUAUCUUGUGUGCAUUUUAUUAUACAGGAAAGAAACUUUUUUUAUAACUAUUCAUUGUUCAAGUGAGAGAACUAAGCAUGUCCCAUUGUAGGUAGACAAGGCUGGUCUCUCAAGUGUUUCAUAAUGUUUCCAAAGGUUCACUGAUUGUUAUGUGAAAUAUCUCAUCUGAGAAAAUUGUUUAUAUAAUUUUGUAUAUGAUGGCUUUCGUUGGUCUGACCUUGAUCAUUCAUUUAGGGUUCUAUUUUUUGCUCAUACUAUACUGAAACUCAAAGGCAUUUCAUUAGUUUUUAUACCAUAAGGACUGACUUCAUAUUAAUAUUAUAUGGUAGACUGGCAGGGUGUAUGAAGUUGUUAUCCUACUUUUUUCAUGAUUUCAUGGAAACAGUUACUUGUAUCUUUGUACAAAUUGCCCAAGGAGUAGUAUUGUCAUCUCAUUCAGUUUCUUUCAAAUCAAAAUGUAAGCAAUAUGCAAGGAGGUUUGCAAAGAGAGAGCUUUUUAGUUUUUAUUUCCUUAUCUGUGGUUUAUAUUUUUUAUAUAACCCAUUUAUCUUUUAAAUUUAUAAUAAAUUCAGUUUUAAACUUGUACACUUUAUUAAUUAUUCUUGGAAUUGAUUCUACUCUCUGUGCAAAGUCUCUGUAAUGUUCAUCCUCUCAGACACAGCUUAGUUUUCUUGGUAUCAGCACCCUUGUUAUUGUUGAAAUAUCCCUGCAUAUUGAUUGGUUGAGAUGCCUGCUUGAUAAACAUUCCACCGAAUAAUCCAGAGUUUAACCAAAAAAUGUGAUUAAUGAUUUUGUAUCUAAGGUUUCAAUAAGGAAUAUGUUGUAUAGUGAGAUAUUUCUUACUGAAGAAGCAUGUGAUUGACACUCCUUUGUAAUGAUACAGAAUACAUGUAUUGCCUACCAAGAAAACAGAAAAUUUAAGAAUCUCACAGGCUACAGUCUGCAGUCCAUAUCAAGGGGAUGAGUCUAGGCUCACAACCUCCAUAUUCUAUUUUUUCUGUUGUUAAAAAAGGGAACAUUACUAUCUAAUUUGGAGAUUUGUAAGAGCCAAGCUUGAACCUUGCAUAUCAACACUUCUCCCCAAGAACUUUCUUGUGUUUACCUCUCAUGUAAAGUGUACAAAUCUUUGUUUGGAUGUGAUUGGUCGCCAAGAUUUCCCAAAGAGGAAGCUACUAUUUCUUGUCUUCUAGAGUGAGUGAUGAUAAUAAAUAUUUUUAAUCUAA